AUGACAACUCAUGGUCUGUUCUCUGCCCCAAUAUACUUUGCUCGGCAAGCGGCGAAAGGGUCUAUAUUCGCCUACCAUUUCGACGUUCUCUCGCCGUUCAAAAAUGCUUGGGGUGGGAUGGCGCAUCAUUCCUUCGACAACGUGUUAAUAUGGGGAUUGUUGAAACACGAGAUGCCACAGUCAUAUGCAAAGGUCUCUGAGCUUAUGGCUGAGGCAUGGAUUAGGUUUGCAAGCGGAGAGGACCCUUGGGAGAGACUUUCAGACAGCGGCAAAUACAAGGUGUUUGGCCUUGAGCAGACUAUUUUGACAAGUAAAGGUGAUGACUUGGAACGCGGGCAUCAGGUCUGGGACAAACUUCACGACUUGGGGCUCGUGGCAGAUUUAGCGAGGCUCAGUGAAGAGUUGUGUCUCAGAAGACGGGAACUGACGCAAGGUAUCUCGGUUUCAUUAAUCUGA